CCCGCCCCAGCUCCGGGGGCCGAGCGGGCGCGAAGGGGCGGGCGCACGCGGGCCGAGAUCACCGCCCCCGCGCCGCCGCCACCUUUCCAUUCAGUCGCCCAACAUGGCUGGAGCGCGGCGGAGGUGAGCCGGCCGCCCUCUGCCGCCAGCCUCCUGCGCCCCAGCGCCGCGGCGGCGCCUCAGCUGAGGGGCCGAGGCCCGGCCGGCCGCUGCCCGCCGCAGGCAUGUGGGGCUCGGCGGACGAGAGCUCCGUGCGGGUGGCUGUCAGAAUAAGACCACAGCUUGCCAAAGAAAAGAUUGAAGGAUGCCACAUUUGUACGUCUGUCACACCAGGAGAACCCCAGGUCUUCCUCGGGAAAGAUAAGGCUUUCACUUUUGAUUACGUGUUUGACAUUGACUCCCAGCAGCAGCAGAUCUACACUCAGUGUAUUGAAAAACUGAUCGAAGGUUGUUUUGAAGGAUACAAUGCUACUGUGUUUGCUUAUGGACAAACUGGAGCUGGGAAGACAUACACUAUGGGUACAGGAUUUGAUGUUAACAUCAUGGAGGAGGAGCAGGGUAUUAUUUCUCGCGCUGUUAAACACCUUUUCAAGAGUAUUGAAGAAAAGAAGCACACAGCAAUUAAGAAUGGACUACCUCCUCCAGAUUUUAAAGUGAAUGCCCAGUUCUUAGAGCUCUAUAAUGAAGAGGUCCUUGACUUAUUUGAUACUACACGUGAUAUUGAUUCAAAAAAUAAAAAAUCAAAUAUAAGGAUUCAUGAAGAUUCAACUGGAGGAAUUUAUACUGUAGGCGUCACAACGCGUACUGUGAAUACGGAAUCAGAGAUGAUGCAGUGUCUGAAGCUUGGGGCUCUGUCCAGGACCACGGCCAGUACCCAGAUGAAUGUGCAGAGCUCUCGCUCGCAUGCCAUUUUCACCAUUCACGUGUGUCAGACCAGAAUGUGUCCCCAGAUGGACGCCGAGAAUGCAACUGAUAACAAGAUGAUUUCUGAAUCGUCACAGAUGAAUGAAUUUGAAACCCUGACUGCAAAAUUCCAUUUUGUUGAUCUGGCAGGAUCAGAAAGGCUGAAGCGAACGGGAGCUACAGGCGAGAGAGCCAAAGAAGGAAUUUCCAUCAACUGUGGGCUUUUGGCACUUGGUAAUGUCAUAAGUGCCCUGGGAGACAAGAGCAAGAGGGCCACCCAUGUCCCCUACAGAGAUUCCAAGUUGACAAGACUCCUGCAGGAUUCCCUCGGGGGCAACAGCCAAACAAUCAUGAUAGCAUGCGUCAGCCCUUCAGAUAGAGAUUUUAUGGAAACACUGAACACCCUGAAGUACGCCAAUAGAGCUAGAAAUAUCAAGAACAAGGUGAUGGUGAAUCAGGACAGAGCUAGUCAACAAAUCAACGCACUCCGCAGUGAGAUCACACGGCUUCAGAUGGAGCUCAUGGAGUACAAAACAGGUAAAAGAAUAAUUGAUGAGGAAGGAGUGGAAAGCAUCAAUGACAUGUUUCAUGAGAAUGCCAUGCUACAGACUGAGAAUAAUAACCUGCGGGUGAGAAUCAAAGCCAUGCAGGAGACAGUGGAUGCGCUGAGAUCCAGGAUCACACAGCUUGUCAGUGACCAGGCCAACCAGGUCCUUGCCAGAGCAGGUGAAGGCAAUGAGGAAAUUAGUAAUAUGAUUCACAGUUACAUCAAAGAAAUAGAAGAUCUCAGGGCAAAAUUACUAGAAAGUGAAGCCGUGAACGAGAACCUCCGGAAAAACUUGACGAGAGCCACAGCAAGAUCGCCGUAUUUCAGUGGAUCGGCCACGUUCUCUCCCACUAUAUUAUCCUCAGACAAAGAGACGAUUGAAAUCAUAGAUCUAGCGAAGAAAGACUUAGAGAAGCUGAAAAGGAAGGAAAGGAAGAAGAAAAGAAGGCUACAGAAACUUGAGGAAAGCAGUCGAGAAGAAAGAAGUGUGGCUAAUAAGGAGGAUAAUACAGAUACUGACCAGGAGAAGAAGGAAGACAAAGGGGUUUCAGAGAGAGAGAGUAAUGAGCUGGAAGUGGAAGAGUGCCAAGAAGUGAGUGAUCAUGAGGAUGAAGAAGAAGAGGAGGAGGAGGAGGAAGAGGACAUGGAAGGGGGAGAAAGCUCUGAUGAUUCAGAUUCCGAAUCAGACGAAAAAGCCAACUACCAAGCAGACUUAGCGAACAUUACUUGUGAAAUUGCCAUUAAGCAAAAGCUGAUUGAUGAGCUAGAAAACAGCCAGAAGAGGCUGCAGACGCUGAAAAAGCAAUAUGAAGAGAAGCUGAUGGUGCUGCAGCAUAAGAUCCGGGACACUCAGCUGGAGAGGGACCAGGUGCUUCAGAACCUGGGUUCAGUAGAAUCUUACUCAGAAGAGAAGGCAAAAAAAGUGAAGUCCGAAUAUGAGAAGAAGCUCCAAGCCAUGAACAAGGAGUUGCAGAGGCUUCAGGCGGCUCAGAAGGAGCAUGCCAGGCUGCUGAAAAACCAGUCCCAGUAUGAGAAGCAGCUGAAGAAGCUGCAGCAGGAUGUGAUGGAGAUGAAGAAGACCAAGGUUCGUCUAAUGAAGCAAAUGAAAGAAGAGCAAGAGAAAGCCAGAUUGACGGAGUCUAGAAGAAACAGAGAGAUCGCACAGUUGAAAAAGGAUCAGCGUAAAAGAGACCAUCAACUUAGACUUCUGGAGGCCCAGAAAAGAAACCAAGAAGUGGUUCUUCGUCGCAAAACUGAAGAGGUCACAGCUCUUCGCCGGCAAGUCAGGCCCAUGUCAGACAGAGUGGCUGGGAAGGUCACUCGCAAGCUGAGCUCGUCAGAGACUCCUGUUCAGGACACUGGCCCCAGUGCCUCCGCAGGGGAAGCAGACGCAUCUCGGGCAGGGGCCCAGCAGAAGCUGAGGAUUCCUGUGGCGAGAGUCCAGGCCUUACCAACACCCACAAGCAAUGGAACCAGGAAAAAAUACCAGAGGAAAGGAUUGCCGGGCCGGGUAUUCACUUCCAAGACGGCCCGCAUGAAGUGGCAGCUGCUGGAGCGUAGAGUCACCGACAUCAUCAUGCAGAAGAUGACCAUCUCGAACAUGGAGGCCGACAUGAACCGGCUGCUCACGCAACGAGAAGAACUCACAAGAAGACGAGAGAAGCUUUCAAAAAGAAGGGAGAAGAUGGUCAGGGAGAAUGGAGAGGGAGAUAAAAACGUGGCUAACAUCAACGAGGAGAUCGAGUCCCUGACAGCAAAUAUAGAUUACAUCAACGACAGUAUUUCUGAUUGUCAAGCCAACAUCAUGCAGAUGGAAGAGGCAAAGGAAGAAGGUGAGACACUGGAUGUCACUGCAGUCAUUAACGCCUGCACACUUACCGAAGCCCGGUACCUGCUGGAUCACUUCCUGUCAAUGGGCAUCAAUAAGGGUCUUCAGGCUGCCCAGAAAGAGGCUCAAAUUAAAGUACUUGAAGGUCGACUUAAGCAAACGGAAAUAACCAGUGCUACCCAAAACCAGCUCUUAUUCCACAUGUUGAAAGAGAAAGCAGAGUUAAAUCCCGAGCUGGAUGCUUUGCUGGGCCAUGCUUUACAAGAUCUAGAUAGCGUACCAUCAGAAAAUGUAGAGGAUAGUACUGAUGAAGAUGCACCUUUAAACAGCCCAGGAUCAGAAGGAAGUGGCCUGCAGCUGGAAUUGAAGCAGGAAGCCCUGAGUGUUGUCCAAGCCCGAAGGAGGACCACCACUCAGAUGGAAUUGCUGUAUGCAGAUAGCAGUGAGCUAGCUUCAGACACUAGCACAGGAGGGGCCUCCUUGCCUGGCCCUCUCACACCUGUUGCAGAAGGGCCAGAGACUGGAGUGAACACUGAGACCAGUGCUGCUUCUGCGGGGGAGAAAGAGCUUCUUCCCCCAGCGGGCUUGCCUUCUCAGAUAGGCAGCAUUUCCAGGCAGUCAUCUCUAUCAGAAAAACGCAUCCCAGAGCCUUCUCCUGUCACAAGGCGAAAGGCGUACGACAAAGCAGAAAAACCAAAAGCUAAGGAACAAAAACACUCAGAUUCUGGAACUUCAGAGGCUAGUCUUUCACCUCCUUCCUCCCCACCAAGCCGGCCCCGUAAUGAGCUGAAUGUUUUUAAUCGUCUUACUGUUUCUCAGGGAAACACAUCAGUUCAGCAGGAUAAGUCUGAUGAGAGUGACUCUUCUCUGUCGGAAGUACACAGCAGAUCCUCCAGAAGGGGCAUCAUCAACCCAUUUCCUGCUUCGAAAGGAAUCAGAACGUCCCCACUUCAGUGUGUCCACAUAGCUGAAGGGCACACAAAAGCUGUGCUGUGUGUGGAUGCUACUGAUGAUCUCCUGUUCACUGGAUCCAAAGAUCGGACUUGUAAAGUGUGGAAUCUAGUGACUGGGCAGGAGAUAAUGUCCCUGGGAGGCCAUCCCAACAAUGUCAUUUCUGUAAAGUACUGUAAUUAUACCAGUCUGGUCUUCACUGUGUCAACAUCUUAUAUUAAGGUGUGGGAUAUCAGAGAUUCCGCAAAGUGCAUCCGGACACUGACGUCUUCUGGUCAAGUUACCCUUGGGGAUGCUUGUUCUGCAAGCACCAGCCGGACAGUCGCGAUCCCUUCUGGAGAGAACCAAAUCAACCAGAUUGCACUGAACCCCACUGGCACUUUCCUCUACGCGGCUUCUGGAAACGCCGUCAGAAUGUGGGAUCUUAAAAGGUUUCAGUCCACAGGAAAGUUAACGGGACACCUGGGCCCUGUGAUGUGCCUGACUGUGGAUCAGAUCUCCAGUGGACAGGACCUCAUUGUCACUGGGUCCAAGGACCAUUACAUCAAAAUGUUUGAUGUAACUGAAGGCGCUCUUGGAACGGUGAGUCCCACCCACAAUUUUGAGCCUCCUCAUUAUGACGGCAUAGAAGCGCUGACCAUUCAAGGGGACAAUCUCUUCAGCGGGUCCAGAGACAAUGGGAUCAAGAAAUGGGACUUGGCGCAGAAAGACCUACUUCAGCAAGUUCCGAACGCACAUAAGGACUGGGUCUGUGCCCUGGGAGUGGUGCCGGGCCACCCGGUUUUGCUCAGCGGCUGCAGAGGGGGCGUUUUGAAACUCUGGAACGUGGACACCUUCGCUCCCGUCGGCGAGAUGAAGGGGCACGACAGUCCCAUCAACGCCAUUUGUGUGAAUUCCACCCACAUUUUUACUGCAGCUGAUGAUCGAACCGUGAGGAUUUGGAAGGCUCGCAAUUUGCAAGAUGGUCAGAUUUCUGACACGGGAGAUCUGGGGGAAGAGAUUGCCAGUAAUUAAACAUGAAUGAGGAUAAGUCAUGAACUAAAUACUGUGAUAACUAUAUGUUCUUUGUGGAAAAUUCUGUCUUGCAUUUAUUAGGUAAAACCCACGAAUGGGAUAAACUGGAAAAUAUAUCUGAAUCCAGCUGCUGCAUAGACAUGGUAUUCUAAUAAAACUGUACUAUCCUGUGUACUCAAUUUCAAUAUUGCCCAACACAUACAUAUCCUACAAUUGAUGUUUUGCUUGAUUUGCACUUCUUUAUUGGCUGGAUUUUUUUGUGCCUAGCUAUUAAAAAAAAAAAAACCUUCAAAUUAUUCAAUAUAAGAAGUCUGCCUCCGUGACAGUCAGAAAUACACCUGGAAUACAGCCCACCUCCCUGGUAACGCAUUUGUGCAGUCUGUGCACACAGUUGACGUGUCAAACACACUGGAGAUAUUAGCCACUUUGCCAUCUGCUUGUCUGGCAUUGGUAUCAGUUUUUAGAAGGUUCCCAGAUUUGAAAGCUGUUCCAUGUCAUGGAGAAUAAUGAGAACAAGAUAUGAUCAGUGAUCUUUCACUGUGUGGCAUUGGCUGUAGACUACUAACAAAGACUCUCACAGUUGUGUUCAGUGCCGGCAUUUCCUUGUAUUGACCAAAGCUUUGCAUCUGUGCUAUCUAUCCUCUGUGCUCAGGACUAAAAUGCUGUCACAUGGUUGUUUUGUUAGUGCUGUGCAUAUGUUCUGUGAUGGGAAACAUUUGAUGUCCUAACAGAAAUACAUUUUGAUCUAUUUUCCUAUGGAUUUGUUUCUAUUAUUGCCUUUUAAUUUCUUUUUUAUUUAAUGGUAGCAUUGCCUUCCCCUUUUACCUAAUUUUUUAUAUGCUGCUAAAUAUAUUUUAAACACACUAGGUUUGCAAACCUUGGUAGCUGUGACGAGAAGUAUUAUCACGAGUGGUGCGAGAAGCUAUGUACAUAGGUAGAUUGUAAAGAGAGACUAUCUUGUGUUGUAUCUGUAUGAAUUUUUUAAUGCUGUAGAUUGGAUUUUGCAAAAGGAUGUAUAAUGAUCUGUCGUCUCAGAAUAUUAAUUUGUAAAUUCUGCAAGUUUAAUUUUUAUGUAGAGUGUGUAACAUUUGAAAAUAUUGUCUUAUGUGAUUUUUACCCCUGCAAAUAUUUGCUUGUAAAUGAAGGCUUAGCUUGUGCUUAAAUAAACAUAUUGCUAUGAAUUA